GCGAGGGAGGGGGGACUCCAGGCUCAGUCCGUCAUCCCUGCUCCAGCUAAGAGAGCGGAUUCUUCAGCAACUGGGUACCAUUUCCAGCUUGACCAGGCACCAAGAGCAAAGCUGGAUUUGAAGGACAUGCAAAAAAGAACACCCCCCUCCCCAAAACCAAAUAAGCUUAGGGGGGAGGAAGGAAGACAGAGACUCACUCAACCUCAGCAAUAACAAGGGAGACGCUGUUUAGUCAUUUCUCUCUACUUCCCCAGGGUUGAUUAUACUUUUUGAUUACUCCUGACUGCAUUUAGAAAGAUUUGAGAGGCAGACAGCACCAUUCACUCUUUAUCCUGAGGAUUAUUUUCCCAACGGCCCCUAGAUCAGUCCCUGCAUUUUGGGGAUGAGAGUUUCUUUCCUUGCAAGAUGGAACUGAUCUAACUCCAGACUCCUUUUAGAAGCAGAAGAACGGUCUUCUCCCAUAUUGAGGCCUGGAGCCAUCAUGGCAGCAGGCGUAGCAGCAUGGUUGCCCUUUGCCAGGGCAGCUGCCAUAGGAUGGAUGCCAGUGGCUAACUGCCCUAUGCCAUUGGCCCCAACUGAGAAAAACAAGAGGCAGGAUGAGCUGAUCAUUCUGAAUGUGAGUGGGAGGCGCUUCCAGACCUGGAGGACUACACUGGAGAGGUACCCGGACACGCUCCUGGGCAGCACUGAAAAGGAGUUCUUCUUCAAUGAAGACACCAAGGAAUACUUUUUUGACCGGGACCCUGAAGUCUUUAGGUGCAUUUUAAACUUUUACAGAACUGGCAAGCUGCAUUACCCAAGGUAUGAGUGCAUCUCUGCCUAUGACGAGGAGCUUGCCUUCUAUGGGAUCCUACCUGAAAUCAUUGGGGACUGCUGCUAUGAAGAGUACAAAGACAGGAAGCGGGAAAACGCUGAGCGGCUGAUGGAUGACAAUGACUCGGAGAACAACCAAGAAGGGUCCAUGCCGUCUUUGAACCUCCGGCAGACCAUGUGGCGAGCCUUCGAAAACCCCCACACCAGCACCUUAGCCUUAGUGUUCUACUAUGUCACUGGCUUCUUUAUUGCUGUCUCAGUGAUCACUAACGUGGUGGAAACCGUUCCAUGUGGCACGGUGCCCGGGAACAAGGAGCUUCCAUGUGGGGAGAGGUACGCCAUGGCUUUCUUCUGCCUGGACACAGCUUGCGUUAUGAUUUUCACUGUCGAAUACCUUAUGAGGCUCUUUGCAGCCCCGAGUCGCUACAGGUUCAUGAGGAGUGUCAUGAGCAUCAUUGAUGUGGUGGCCAUCAUGCCCUAUUACAUUGGCUUGGUGAUGACUAACAACGAGGACGUCAGCGGAGCCUUUGUGACACUAAGGGUUUUCAGGGUUUUCAGGAUUUUCAAGUUUUCACGCCAUUCCCAAGGCUUAAGAAUCCUGGGCUACACUCUGAAGAGCUGUGCCUCGGAGCUUGGCUUUCUUCUCUUUUCCCUCACUAUGGCAAUCAUCAUCUUUGCUACUGUGAUGUUUUAUGCAGAGAAAGGGUCUUCAGCCAGCAAAUUCACCAGCAUACCAGCUUCUUUUUGGUACACUAUUGUAACCAUGACAACCCUUGGUUAUGGUGACAUGGUGCCCAAGACGAUUGCUGGAAAGAUAUUUGGCUCCAUUUGCUCGCUGAGCGGAGUGCUGGUCAUUGCUCUGCCUGUCCCAGUUAUUGUUUCCAAUUUCAGCCGAAUUUAUCAUCAGAAUCAGAGAGCUGACAAGCGAAGAGCACAAAAGAAAGCCCGGCUUGCACGGAUACGAGUGGCCAAAACAGGAAGUUCCAGUGCUUAUCUUCACAGCAAACGCAAUGGCCUGCUGAACGCAGCCUUGGAGCUGACGGGAUCUAGUGAUGAUGAGCAGCACAUCAGUAAAUCCACCUCGCUGAUCGAAAGCCAACAUCACCACCUGCUGCACUGCCUGGAAAAAACAACUGGAUUGUCCUAUCUUGUGGAUGAUCCCCUGUUAUCUGUACGAACUUCCACCAUCAAGAACCAUGAGUUCAUAGAUGAGCAGCUGUUUGAGCAGAACUGCAUGGAUAACUCAAUGCAGAAUUACCCCUCCACUCGCAGCCCCUCAUUGUCGAGUAACAAUGGCGGGUCAACCUCCUGUUGUUCUCGACGCAACAAGAAGACGACUCAUCUUCCCAACUCCAACGUGCCAGCAACUCGCCUGCGGAGCAUGCAGGAGCUAAGCACGAUACACAUCCAAUGCAGCGAACAGCCAUCACUUACAACAAGUCGUUCCAGUCUCAAUAUGAAAUCAGACGACGGGCUGAGACCGAACUGCAAAACCUCCCACCUCACGACAGCCAUCAUCAGUAUUCCUACCCCACCGGCACUAACACCAGAAGGAGACAGCAGGCCCCCACCGAUCAACCCUCACCCCACUAUGAACAUUUCCACCACAUGCAGCAACGUAGUCAAGGUCUCUGCUUUGUAAGGUGGUGUCGUUCGAAGGAAGCAGCUGGAAUGCCGGCGUCUCUCCCCCUCCACACCGUCAUGUUCCUUUCUUGCUGCAAAUUGUGCCUGGAUGGACCAACCUGACAUUUCGUCAUAGAAUUAGCAAUGGAGACCUAACGAGGCAGCUUUCUUCAAACUUGCAUUCAUGCCAUGGACUGAGAAUAGAUGAGGAGCGGGAGGACGAAGUGGGUUGGAGAAAGGGUCUGUGUGUGCACGUGCCCGCGGAGAGCCUUGUUCCAGGAUAUGAAGCAGAAAAUUGUUUCUAGAGGCUAGAGAAAAAGAACCGUCAUGGCAACAAGAAAGUCAAUAAAGAAACAAAUAUAACACUGUGUAUCUCGGCACCUUUUUAAAGGUUUUUAAUGGAUAAUAUUUAUUCACGUGGAAAUGACUGAAAAAGGUGAAAAAAAAACAAUGGAUUUUGUGAUUUUUUUUCUUCAUGGAGCAGAAUCUUUAAUCAACCAAAAUUACACAUUUUUUUUCUUUUAUAGAGAAAGAUUUCGACAAAGAAGACAGCUGUCACAGAAAUCUAUUCCCGUUUGCGCGCGCGCGCGUGUGUAUAUAUGUAUGUGUGAAAGAGAACCACAUGGAAACGACACACAAAAGUCUGAGCACAUUUUCUGGAUUUGGUGCACAGUGUCAAACUGAUUGCACAAGCACAGUGGCACACGUGCGCGCGCACACGCCCCCACACACAAAUAAAUCUUUCACCCUGGAUGGCAUUCUUUACUUAGAUGAUUUUGUAACCGCCUUUUAAGUCAAUACAGUGCCACUGCAAACAGUGUGUUUGUCUGCUAAUUAUUGUCUGUGAAAACAUAUUUGUGGAAAAAAAAAAAAAGACAGGCUUUAGUAGUGUUAGUCCCACAUGGAUUUCUGCUUUCUCUUUUUGUUAUCACUUACUUGUAAAGAGUGUGGCUAGACUACCAGUUCUGUAUUUUUAAAAGGAAAAAAAAAAUGUAGGAAACCUUUUUUAAAACCUGUACACACACGUGGCAAAGAAUGUGAAAGCACCAAACUCAACUGCACCAGAUCAUCAGAAAUAGGAUAAAAUGUAACCUGUCAUCUAUGCCCAUGCUUUUUUAUUUUUAUAUACAUGCUAAUAUUGGACAUGCAACCCAUUGUAAAUCGUAGCCAAGUAGUGUCUGGAUCUGUACUUAAUACAAUUAAACCUGGAGCCAACCAUUCAGCAUGGACUGAGAGGGUGUUUGGCUUUUUAACACAGUCCUGUGGCUCCUAUUGGCUUACUGAUGGCAUCUGGGUUGCACUGAUGUGCAAGUUUAGCAACUUUUGUCCUCCCCUCCCAGCACAGGGGCCACAGUAUGCAGGGGGAGGGAUACUGGGGUUUGGAAUACAUGGGAUAUGUUGUGGAACAGACAGCCCUUUACUUUGCAAUUCUAUUCUUCGUCUGGGAAAAGUCACACACUUUUAGUCAACCAAAAACUGUAACUCUGUGUGGUACUGCCGAGCUUAAUACAUCUGACUAGUUCUACGGUGAAUACUGACUGUUCUCCCUGAGAUCUUUCUAGUAACAAUAUGGUCUUGAAAUACAAGGACCCGACACUGUUUCCUUUAUAUAUGACCGUUCUCCACUUGGAAAAAUAAGUGAGAAAUAAUUGCUUAUGCUCCUGCUACACAUUCCUCAGACCACCUUUCAUUAUGACUGCAAAUCGUUAGCGACAGCAUCUACCAAUCCAACAUAGUACAUGCCAUCCACAGACAGCAUAACAUAGUAUUAAUUAGCACAUCCAAAUGCCUCAAUCAGGCCGAGAGCCAUGUUGUGCGAGGUGCUGAACACACACCUACAUGGCCCCAAACAGCUUACCGUCCAAUAGAUAGCUAGGAGUCAUUUCACACUUCCCUUCUCUCAACAGUAAAUAGUAACUGUACUAGCACAGCACUAUCUGCCACACCACUGGAAGCAUAACCCUGGGUGAUACAAACGGAUGGGGAUUUUUUGCCUCUCUCAAAAUACAUACUGAUGUUAUAUGACUUUAACUUAUGCACUAUCAAUCCACCUUGUCAACAUUCCUACCUUAUUACUUGGUAUCAUGUGGACUCAGAUAGUUGUUGUGAUAACCCAGUAACCUACAUAGAAACUUAUCCCAUUCAAGGAAUGAUGAAGCUACAGCUAAACAUUCAGUAAUGUCAAACUAAUGCCCCUUUUCUCCAGCUCUGGAUAGUAUAUUCUCCAGCACUAGGUCCAGUCCAUUUUUAAAUCACUUUGGUGCAGUGGUUUCUUUGCUACUUUCCUUGGGAGGUUAUUCUGUAAUUUAAAAGAUUUUACCAUUAGCAAUUUUUCUUGGUGCUUAAUUUAAUCGUUCCUUUGCUUCAUUUAGUCCAGUGGUCCCCAACCUUUUCGUCUGGCGGGCGCCAGACGAAGGACCACUGUGGCGGUGGAGCACCCUCCAA